AUGUCAGGCUACGGUUCUCAGCCCUGGAUCAAUUCUGGUCCGACAGAGUUCAAUGGCACGAACCCGGAUCUCGGUGGUGAUUCACUCACCGAGAAUCUCAACCAAUGGUACCAGGCUGGAGACGCUUCAUACAUAAUCGUGGCAUCUGCCAUGGUGCUGAUCAUGAUACCGGGACUGGGCUUCCUCUACUCCGGCCUUGCGCGAAGAAAGUCGGCCCUUAGCAUGAUCUGGGCCUGCUUAUUCUCCUCCUCCGUUGUCUGUUUCCAAUGGUACUUCUGGGGUUACUCGCUGGCAUUCAGUCAAUACUCGACCAACGGGUUCAUCGGUGACCUGAAGAAGCUUGGGCUUAUGAAUACUCUGGGAGCUCCGAGCCCUGGCAGCCCGUAUAUCCCCGAUCUUCUCUACGCGUUUUACCAGAUGAUGUUCUGCUCGGUUACCGCUGCUAUCACAGUCGGUGCCGUUGCUGAGCGCGGUCGCCUGAUUCCCAUGAUGGUCUUUAUAUUCUGCUGGGCCACAAUCGUAUAUUGCCCGAUCGCAUACUGGGCAUGGGCUGCGAACGGAUGGGGCUUCAACUGGGGUGUCAUGGACUACGCCGGAGGCGGGCCUGUCGAAAUCGGCUCUGGUCUGUCAGCUUUGGCAUACUCCAUGGUUCUCGGCCGGCGCCAAGAGAAGAUGAUGCUUAACUUCCGCCCCCAUAACGUCUCGCUCAUCACACUCGGCACGGUUUUGCUCUGGUUUGGAUGGCUUGGCUUCAACGGCGGAUCCUCCUUCGGCGCCAACCUUCGUGCCGUGAUGGCCUGCUGGAACACGAACAUUACUGCCUCAUUCGCCGCCAUCACUUGGGUUCUGCUCGAUUGGAGGCUCGCGAGGAAAUGGUCUAUGGUCGGCUGGUGUUCAGGAACCAUCUCCGGCCUGGUCGCAGCCACUCCUGCCUCCGGUUAUCUUCCUCCGUGGGCUAGCGUUGUCCUUGGCAUCACAACCGGCGUCGUAUGCAAUUAUGCAACUAAGAUCAAAUUCUGGGUCAAGAUCGACGACUCUAUGGACGUGUUCGCUGAGCACGGUGUCGCUGGCAUCGUUGGUCUAAUUUUCAACGGAAUCUUCGGCGCGGACUACAUCAUCGGUCUCGACGGCUUUAACAACGGCAUCUCGGGAGGUUGGAUCCAACACAACUGGAAGCAGAUGUACAUCCAAAUCGCCUACAUCGUCGCCUGCUCCGCCUGGGCAUUCUGCAUCAGCGCGCUCCUCGCUUACGGCAUCAACUUCAUCCCCGGCCUCAAGCUACGCGCAUCCGAGGAGGCAGAGCUGCUCGGUAUGGACGACGACCAGCUGGGCGAGUUCGCUUACGACUACGUUGAAGUUCGCCGCGACUACCUCGCCUGGACGCCCGCGAAGGCCGACAUAGCAAGGACUGAGCAGCAGAUCCCUCAGGGUGACCGCCACGGCAUUCCGCAACACAGCCAGAUGCUAGAGGGCAGGGAGCCGAGUGAGAGCAGUGGCGAGCAGCACACCGGCAUCGCUGGCGACCGCCACGCUGUUGCGUACGAGAAGGCGGAGCGUGAGGCAGGUGCUCAGCACGGUUAA